AUGGCUGAAAUACACCCUCCAUAUUCUUCCUUGAAGAAAACGUUAUCUUUACUGAAUGGCUUCGUGACUGUGUCUGGCAUGAUCCUCAUUGGCCUGGGCCUCAGUGUCAAGUACGGAGAGGCCAACCUGACAAGGGUCCUUGGAUUGUCUUCUGCAUACCUCUUUCACGUUGGGUACCUGUGCCUGAUCAUAGGAUGCAUCACUCUCCUGCUUGGCCUUGCGGGGUGGUAUGGAGCUACGAAAGAAAGCAGAAACACUCUCUUCUUUUGUUUCCUGCUCAUGGUUAUCAUUCUCAUCCUGGAAAUCACUGCCGCUGUGGUGGUCCUCGCCCUCUUCCGGAUGGUUCGAGAAAUGGUCUUGGAACACACCUUUGUGACCCUGAGGAAGAAUUACAGAGGUUACAAUGAGCCAGACGACUAUUCUGAACAAUGGAACUUGGUCAUGGAGAAGUUGAAGUGUUGUGGGGUGAAUAACUACACGGAUUUUUCUGGCUCUUCCUUUGAAAUGACAACUGGUCACACCUACCCGAGGGGCUGCUGCAAAUCCAUAGGAACGGCGGCCUGUGAUGGGCACACGGUGUCCAGAGACGUCAUCCACCAAAAGGGCUGUUUCCUCAAGCUCCUGAAGAUAACCCAGACUCAGAGCUCCACCCUGAGCGGGGUCUCCCUGGGGGCAGCAGUGAUACAGUUGCCAGGCAUCCUUGCCACCCUGCUGCUGUUCAUCAAGCUGGGCUGACAGCCCUUGAGAAGACAGGACAUGAGCCCGCCUGGAUUCUGGAUAUUGGCCUU